AUGCCACAGAGCAAGCAACAGCAGCCGGUGAUCACCACCAUAACGAUCAUUGCAACAAUCGUUAUCAUGGCUGCGCGGCGGCCAGGACACCCCUAUGAAAAUUUUCUGGGUCCGCCACUGGUCAGCGAUGCGCGGAUCGUCAACAUCACCAACAGGGUCGGCAGCAUGAAGGCACUGAUAAUCCACUGCGCAUCCGCAGACGACGACCUCGGGGCCCGCGCCGUGAACGCCGGCGAGGUCUACAGCUGGCAUUUCGAGGACAACUGGCAGGUCCUGAGGAACGCGCUUUUCUGGUGCAACCUCGCGUUGGAAGACGAGCGUGUCUCUUUUCAGGCGUACGUUGAGCGAGCAGGCCGUGGUGGGUACGCUGUCCUGGGAUACGAUGUCAACGAAACUGGGGUGUUUGGCCCUGACAUGAACGACAUGUCGAGGACGUAUGUGUGGCUUCAUGCAUGGAAGCAAAUUCAGCUCCAUUGA